CGACAGUGCAGCUUCGAUGUGGUCCAGCUCGGCACUCCGAGUUUCCCGCAGCAUGCUGCACUCACGCGUCCCAAGCGCAAUCGUGCGGACUUCCGUGAAGCCCAUGAAGCCUUUCAACAUUCAAACAAGUCAUGCUGGUCGCGUGUCGUGCCGUCCCACCAGUUCUGUCGCUACCAAGCCAUCAGGGAAUGCCAUUUCAUGGGUUACGGCGUGUGCGACUGGUGGCUUUGCAGGGGUGGUCUCCGCUCUCACGGGCGUGGGUGGAGGUAUCAUUAUCCUUCCGACAUUGGCGAAAUGGACAAACCUGACCCAGCAGACCAUCAACGGCACGUCCAUCGCCGCUGUCACCGUGAGCGCCUCCGUGGGUUCCGCCAACUACCUCUCAGCUGGAGCUUGCAACGUGCCCAUGGCAGUCCUAGUCUCGUGCUCGUCUGUGUUUUUUACCAAACUCGGUGUCCAGCUCGCGCACAAGUUGAGUCAAGUGCACUUACGACGUGUUGUGGGCACGGCCAUGCUCAUCAGCGUGCCGUUCAUCUACUUCAAGGACCACCUGCAAGAACUCAAACGAUCGAACGGCCCCGCAGUGCCACAUGAGCUGUCGGACAAGCUCGAUUUGCAGUUCUUUAACGACCACCCGUCGCUUUCAUCCUACGUGGACGCCGUAUCCACCGACAAACGUGGGUUUGCUGCCGUGAACGCCAAGUACUUGGUCGCGGGGGCGCUGUCGGGGUUCAUUUCCGGCCUCUGUGGGCUUGGAGGCGGCAUUUUGGUUCGUCCCUUGGUUCUGUUGGGAUAAUUACCAACUUCCGUGCGGUGUAGAUGACAACGUAUUUGACGGCUGCGAGCGACAUGCCCCAAUCCCACAUCAUUGGGACGUCGUUGCUGGGAAUAGUCCCCGUGGGCCUGUCCUCGACGUACCACAACAUGAAGAAACAGUCGCUGCAUCUUCCCACGGCCCUCAAGAUUGGCGUCGGGCUCGUCGCGGGGGUCGCCCUCACGUCCAAAUUUAUCACGCUUCAAAUGUCCCAGGAGAACCUGCGCCUCAUUCUCGGCUCGACGCUGGCCAUGUCGGCCAUCGUGAUGCUCAAAAAGGCCUAAUCGAACCUCACCCUCCUCCAUCCAUCCAUCGUCUUUGGCACGGACUCAUCGUAACCACAAGAUCUUGGUCUCAUAUGACGAAAUCGCUCGUUAUCUAAGUAAAAUUACGGGAAUUUCUUCUCAUA